AAUAGUUUACCUGGCGUUACCUGCCUGCCAGCAGGUUCAGUUGGCUCACGUCAUUGGGAGCAACCGGUUCGACUGUUGAGUUCAGUUUUUUUUUUUUCUGAAGUCGUUGGAUGUAACUUUGAUCGGUUGGUACGGGAGGUUUUGAAGAGUUUGAUUUGUUGGGGUUUUGGUUGAGUUUGGUAUUUAAGUCGGGUUGAUGAACGUACUUGAUGGGGUGUUGAAGACUUGGAGAGCUUGAUCUGAUGGGGGGCGAUGGAGAUUGAAGGGGGUUUAGAGGGAAAUCGGUAAAGUUGAGAUUUUUAUAGUUGUGGGUAUAGGUAAGAAUUCAAGGCUGUUGGGUUCGUGGGUUUGAGUCAAGUUGAGUCAAGUUGUUGAGGGUUGAGUCAAGUUGACGAGAGUUGAGUCAAGUUUGGGGUGAGCCAGGACGAUCGGUUUUUUCGAGUUGUUGUGGCCGAGAAUUUCGGUGGGAUAGUGAGAGGGGGUUUGAUGAAUCAUAUUUGAAUCAGAUUUGGUGAGGUCGUAAGUUUGAGUCAAUUCAGUCAAGUUUUGGUCAACACUAAUUUUUGUUAUCCCUCAUAUAUCAACUUGCGUUUGAUAUUAUUAUACGUAUUAGGGACUAGAAGCUGUUAAAUUCAUGAGUCUGAGUCAAAUCAAGUCAAAUUUCGUCAAGUCUGACUCACGUCUUUCUGAAUCAGUUUUUUUGCCAUUUUCUUUGAGCUCUGACGCACUAUUUCCAUUCCUAAAAUAUAUACCCACUGAAUUACGGGAUUCAUGCCGACUUGAGUCAAGUUUAGCUCCAUCAAUCGUGAUCCGUCAUGACAUCAACUUUGGGUCAAAUCAAAUCAAGUUGUUCUCACACCUCCAAAAGACUUAUCCCACCGAUUCGAGUCAUUCGAUUCCCCAGUGCGGUUACGUAAAUAUCGAUAGGAUGCAGUCUCAACUCGGGUCGUCGUACGCGUGACGUAAUCUCACAAGUUACACAUCAUCCACGAGGACUUGAGGACUAAUACAAGAAUGAGAAGGCAUUAUCCGCUAAAAAAAAACACAUUUAUCAACCGAGCCCUGUUACCCUACGUGGGAAGCCCAUUCUAGAGUCAAGACACGAACUUGGAGACUGGAGAGAUGACGGACUCUUCCUCGAGGGCAAGAAAUUUUCUACAAGAAAGGUUCUAUCAAAAAUCCUCCGUUUCCUGUAAAUCAGGAGCUGAGAAGCGGUGGAAGAAAUAGUCUGAGAUUGAAUUAAUUUAUCUCACUUCGCCCAUCCCCUUAUUUCGUAAUGAGGGCCUUCUGAUGUACCGGCGAUUGGAUCCUCCAGCUUGGACACUGUCAAUGGCACUGGAAGAAUUCACGGGGGAUUAAUGUAACAGUCCCGUGGAGCUCCCGUGUCAUACACAGCGUCCGGCAACACGACGUAACCCAUAAUUCAACCAUCCUCAUGGGUUCAUCAACAUGACUUUUUAAUUGAGUUGUUUAAUGGUGCAAUUAAGGUGAGUCUCAUCACAAUCCCUUAUCACUCGUGUAGUUUUCCCAUUCCGCAAUUAAUUCCAAGUGCAUAAUCGUGAAGUGGGUGAUUAAUAUGACGGAUAUUCUAAUAUAUACAGUUGUUAAAAUUAAUUCCGAUGGUAAUUUUAUUGGAGAAAGCUAAUGGUUUCUGAGGUUUUCCACUGGAUAUUUACCGGGAAUCCAAUUAUAUUGGUAAUUCAGUGGGGAAGUGGGUAAGUCCAUUUCAGCCCAUCGAUUUAUGGAAAAUGUAUCGGAAUUCAAAAAAAUUACAGCCGAGAAUUUCAGUGUCCCAAAUGACUUUCCAGAUAUUCGUUAAAAAAAAACAAUUCAAUUUUCUUCGGUGGCUUCUCCAUUGAAUUCAAAUGAAACUUAUGGAUUCGUCACGGGUCAUAAUCAUCAUCCAUCUCCAGUGCUGGAAGACGAAUGUCCUCAUCCUGAUCGUUGAACUGUGAAGAGUCACCUCGAUGCCCUUGGUGUACCUGGCAGCAAACAAUCAGUCAUAUUGUGACUCCUGAUGUUGAAUUACCUGUUGCCAAGCACCUGUUGAGCAGUUCACCGAGCCCACGUGUUAUCAAUGCGACAGCACUGGUCAAUCCAAUCAGCAAAAGAAUUGGAUCGAUAGUGAGGGCCUCGACGACCGGUAAAUAUUUCUGUUAUUGAAUCACUACUUCCCAUGAAAUAAUUUUUUAACUGAGUCUUUGCUUUGUUGGAAAUUUACAUUCAUUUUCAUGAUAAUUUAGUAGUUUUAUAAUUUAUUCAAUGAAUACCGUUGUAAAUAAAUAGUAUUUGGUCUUGAGAAUGACCCAGUUCUCGAAAAAAAAUGUUGUUUCUUGUUAAAAUUACUGUUCGUUUCGUAGAAAUGAUAAUACAAGUGUUGAUGGGCUACUCAAUAACAUUAAUUUGAUAGAAAAAAAAACAAGAGUCGUAUAAUUCCCUGCAGACGAAAAUAGACUCGAAAGACGUAUAAAAGAUUUACGAGAACAGCUCCUACAAGAAAAAUUAUCAUAUUGUGGUGGAGACUAUCGUUUUGCAGAUACUUUUAUGAAGAUGGUAUCCCCAUGUUCUCCAGCCGGAACUCUCUCGCCCGCAUGAACAAUGCUCAAGGUGCGGGUGUCAAUAUCUCGGCAUUCGAAAAGCGAGAAAAUUUUGUUUGGCAUAUCACGACUGCAUGAGGGCGUCGAGGUAUUUCCUCCAAGGGCACAUUUAUACCGUGGCCUGUACAACUCGCUUCACUGCCGGUGAAACCGCAAGGAUAAUUACUUGACCGAGGCAGAAAACCGAGAGCCUCGUGGGAGUCGAAGAUGCCAGUGCUGAGGUUUUAAAUCCCUUUCGUGAAUUAAGUAAAAUAAAAUAUCUUCCAUCAUCAUGAUUUUUCAUUCAAUUUUUCUGGAGGAACAGUAAUAAAUCGCAUUAUGAUUUUUUUUAGAAACUGGAGACUGGGGAUUACGCGGGAUUUAUUAUGGCGUCAACGCGGAGAAGGGAACUUGCGUAACAAUAUUUCCAGAAUGCUGAAAUUUUUUCACUGGAGAUUGUUUCUAUGUGAAUAUUUUUUCACCGACGGUAGAAAAAAAAAUUUUUUCAUGUGCGAAUUUUUUUGUUGGUGCGGAGAGAACGAAUUUCGAAGCAGAAAAUUCCCGUACGCGCUAAAGAUUUGUUAGACUGAGUCGAUUAUUUUUUUUUCAAUUGCAGAAAAUAAUUUUUACACACGAAGGGAAAUAUUUCUUAUCCAAAAAAUUUUUUUAACUUCACGAAGAGAAAAUUUUCAAAUGUAAAAGUUCCAUACAUUAAAGAUUUUUUAUACUGAGCCGGUUAUUAUUUUUUUCAAAUGCAGAAAAUGAUUUUCACGCACGAAGGGACAUAAUUAUCUCACAAACAUUUUUUUUACCCGCCCAGAGAGAAAAUUUUAAACCGAAGAAUUUAUUAUUCUUAAAAAAAUCGUCAGAGCGUCAAUUUUUUUCUCGUGUCAUUUGCUCUUCCUCCAAGCAAAUAAAAUCGUGUAUCCCCACAAUUUCAUUAUCGUUCACUCAAUGUUAUCCGGCAAAAGCCCAACAAUACAUACAGAUUCGUCAGAAUCGGAGACAAUACGAGACAGCGUACCAUAACGUCCGGCAUGUCGUCGAGAAGGGGACUUGCGCAAUGUUCCCAGAAUGCUCAACAAUUAGAAUUAUUACCGAGCUGUGAAGGGGAUAAAUACUAAUACCGAAGGCUCAUUGGUGUCGUUAUACAUUAUUCGUUUGACGAUUACAGAAGGCCAACGUCUCACCAACACCGAGGCCUUCGACUCGCGAGAUUAAAUAAUUGAUUGCCAAUAAUUACUCAGACAGCCAUGAGAACAAUUUUUCCCACUUGAUCAUUUGUUUCCAGUCCUUGUCCUAAAAAUACCAACUUAUUCGGCCACUUCCUACCCCACACUAUCGAACAUUACAAUGAUAAUUAUCGAUUCGCGAUGACCAACCGUCACCAAUCAAUUCUGUCUGACUGAUAAAAUUAAUAAACCAAUGAGCUACCGUGAGUGAAUAUAAUAAAUUCCUGGGAGGCAGUUCAGUUCGUCGUAGGAUUUUUUUUUCUUUCGGUUAACCAUUGAAAUAUUUCUCAUGACUCUGUGGGUGGUUGUGGGCACGACAGCCUGACAUACACCACGAAAUUACCCGAGUACAUUCUCCCUCCCCCCCUUCUCGGUGGUCGUAUGAGGGAAUUUUGUCUGAAGGAAAAAGAAUGAAAUAUCAGGGAGACAAGAGGCGGAAAUCAUUGUGUACGCUAUCGUACAAUUAUUCAUUACAUUUUUUUUUUUUAUUACGCAGGUAAAGUAAUUGCGGUCUUGGGUUUAUCGCGACAUCGGGCAACGAAUUCCAACGACUCAUCCGCGAUUUUCAAUGGUUUGGCUCACGCGAUCAUUCGUUUAUGUUUGUUUUUAACGAGUGUAAAAAUGAAAUAGAGAAAAAUAAUAUAAUAAAUAAAUAACUGUAUAGUAUAUAAUAUAUCACGGUCUUAAGACGUUUGUUAAUGAUAAAUAAAUCUGUCAGGGCAAUGACAAUUCCCCCUCAAUUCCUCCCUCUUAUUCACGAAAAUCGAAGUACACCCCAUGUUGAUAUUGGCGCGACCCCAGACACGUGGGUGGACACAAGUGUCUCGAACAAUUCCUGUUUCUUAUUUCCGAGGGUUGACGUGUCUAUCUUUUAACCACCACGUCAUUACCAUCAUCUACACAUCACUCAUUUUUCUCCAUUCAUCGAAGCCGGCAUUUUGUAAUUAUUUUUGGCCCGAAAUACCGUAUUCUCACUCGUGUCAGGGAAUAGAUUUGAGAGAGAAAAAAAAAGGGGGAGAGGAAUGGAGGUGAAAAUUUGGUGGAAUAACUGACGUCACGAGUGGCCAGGGGGCGAGUGAUGUUACAGUGGUGGGUGAGUGCAUCUGGAUGACUGCCAGCAUUCAAAAAUAAGCCCCACUAUUCUUGAAUAUUAAAUGGAGAAUCCAGGCUAGCCCUUCCACAUUAUUUCCCAAUCUUUGCACAAUCUCGUGACUUCAGAAACACGAGUGAAAAUAAUAAAAUUGUCAUUUAAAGUCUAUCUUAAUUGAUGUUAAUUGAUUAAUAACCCAUUUACGUUUGUAUUAAUUACUUCAUUCAUUUAAUCGACGUAAUUUUUAAUUAAAAGGCGAAAAUUCUGGAGGACCGGGUCUGAAGACUGAGGAUUAUUAUUAAUUCGAUUGGAUCAACCGAAGAUUUACUGGAUCAAGAGAUUAAUCGGGGAUUUCCUGUUGAUUGAUAUUUGAUCCACUCGUGGAAUAAUUUAUAACAAAUGUAUAUGAGGCAGAUUUUAUAUUUGUUAUAAUAUAUUACUAAAAAUAUAUGUUUUUCUGGAUCACUCAAGACACAUGACACCUUAAUUAUCAAUAAAAUUGACUGAAG